GCGGUAGCUGUCAGAUAGUGGAGACAGACGGAGAGAGGACACCCACCCUGGUCGCCUCGUCUUACUAUAUCAAACCCUCCUUCACUCGGCGCCUCCAGAAAAGCAUUUCACCGCUCCAACGGCCGUGCAGCUGCUGGGCGGACCCGCAUUUUAAUACGCAAAUUUAGCGCAAAAUUACUGCGUUAAUUUUUUUUUUCCUCCGGAGCUGAUAAAGUGUAAAGAAGCGAGAGACAGGGGAGAGACAUGGCCACGACAACCUGUACGCGAUUCACAGACGAAUAUCAGCUAUACGAGGAGCUGGGGAAGGGAGCCUUUUCAGUGGUGCGCAGAUGUGUGAAGCUGUGUACAGGACAGGAGUAUGCCGCCAAAAUAAUCAACACCAAAAAGUUAUCUGCAAGAGAUCACCAGAAGCUGGAAAGAGAGGCUCGGAUCUGUCGCCUGUUGAAACACCCCAACAUCGUUCGUCUUCAUGACAGUAUAUCAGAGGAGGGUUUCCACUACCUCCUGUUUGACUUGGUGACCGGAGGUGAACUGUUUGAGGACAUCGUAGCCAGAGAGUAUUACAGCGAGGCCGAUGCCAGUCACUGUAUCCAUCAGAUUCUAGAAAGUGUCCAUCACAUUCACCAACAUGACAUAGUGCACAGGGACCUGAAGCCAGAGAACCUGCUCCUAGCAAGCAAAUGUAAGAAUGCCGCAGUGAAGCUGGCCGACUUUGGCCUGGCCAUCGAGGUGCAGGGGGAUCAGCAGGCCUGGUUUGGAUUUGCCGGCACACCGGGGUACCUGUCCCCUGAGGUAUUGAGGAAGGAGGCAUAUGGUAAACCUGUGGACAUCUGGGCCUGCGGGGUGAUCCUCUACAUCCUGCUGGUGGGUUACCCUCCUUUCUGGGACGAGGACCAGCACAAGCUGUACCAGCAGAUCAAGGCUGGGGCUUACGAUUUUCCUUCCCCAGAGUGGGACACAGUCACCCCAGAGGCCAAAAACCUGAUCAACCAGAUGCUGACCAUCAACCCAGCCAAGAGGAUCACUGCUCAGGAGGCCCUCAAGCACCCAUGGGUCUGCCAACGGUCCACAGUGGCGUCUAUGAUGCACAGACAGGAGACCGUGGAGUGCCUGAAGAAAUUCAAUGCCAGGAGGAAACUCAAGGGGGCCAUUCUUACUACCAUGCUGGUUUCUCGAAAUUUCUCUGUGGGCAGCAGGCAGACCACCGCUCCAGCCUCUGUCACUGCGGCCGCGGCAGCAGUGGCUGCAGCCGCCGGCACCACCGCAGGGCUGGUGGAACAAGCAGCUAAGACCUUGCUCAACAAAAAGGCAGAUGUCAAGCCCCAGACAAACAGCACCAAAAACAGCAUAGUCACCAGCCCCAAAGGAAACAUCCCUUCACCUGCUCUGGAACCUCAGACAACUGUCAUCCAUAAUCCAGUGGACGGGACGAAGGAAUCAUCAGACAGCAGCAACACCACCGUGGAGGAUGAAGACGUGAAAGGAAAGAGCUUAGACAACAGCUCGCUUAAGGCGCAGUCCAGCACAAGCUCCCAGCCUGAUAGCUCUCAGGGCUCCUCAGCUGCUGUGCACUCUGCCGCAAAGUUUGCUGACCUGCUGGGCUCAGUGCGUAGGGGCUCAGGGCCCACAUCCGACGGGGAAGGGAGAUCCAUCACUCCACCUCCCACUGCCUUCUCCGCUCCCUCCCCUCCACAUACCCCUGUUGUCCCCAUGCAGAUGUCUCGGCUCACAGACCUGGUAAGCAGCGUGCGCAGGGUGCCGGCGGCCCCUGCACCCGAGAGUGACGCUGCACCGGCGCCGGUACCCAGCGCCAGGCCCACCCCUGCACCUGCACACACCACCUCCUCACCUCCCCCUCACUCCCCCUCCAGCCCUUCCCUGUCCUCCUCUCAGACACGCAAACAGGAAAUUAUCAAGAUCACUGAACAGCUGAUAGAAGCAAUCAACAAUGGAGACUUUGAGGCAUACGCUAAGAUCUGCGACCCUGGACUGACCUCGUUUGAGCCGGAAGCGCUGGGCAACCUGGUAGAGGGGAUGGACUUCCACAGAUUCUACUUUGAGAACCUUUUGGCUAAGAACAGCAAGCCCAUCCACACCACCAUCCUGAACCCCCACGUCCACCUGAUCGGCGAGGACGCAGCCUGCAUCGCUUACAUCCGCCUGACUCAGUUUGUCGACAACCAGGGUCGGCCGCGGUCCAGCCAGUCGGAGGAAACUCGUGUCUGGCAUCGCAGAGACAGCAAGUGGCAGAACAUCCACUUCCACUGCUCAGGCGCACCAGCUGCGCCACUCCAGUGAGGGUUGAAUGCCAUAGCUUUGUCUGUCAGGAGUGCUCUGCUGGAGAGAGAGAGGAAGAGGAGGAGGAGGAAGGGAUGAAAGAACAAGUCCAGUGUCGGUUUGGGGGACAGGCCCCUCAACAACAAACCCUCCCACACUGGACGCCCGGCCUCAUCCCCCAGCAUGCAUCUCUUCUUUUACUACUAUCGCGCCCCCCCCCCCCUCCCGUCUAUCGCCUGCCCUACAACAUCUUCUGACAACCAUCAACCAAACAGCUCGACAGCCUUCACCCCCUCCGGCUUCCUCUUCUUCCCUCCGGCACACUGGGUGAUUGGCGGGGGGUGGGGGUGUUUUCAGCACUCGGUGUGAUUCCUUCUUCCUGUGGUUCCCUCCCUCCCCUCGUCCCCACAAAUUUUGUGACACCUACCCUCUUGUCCUCCUGUGAAUCCACACUUGUGUGACAUAAACACUGCACUGGAAAUACAGUAUGUAAAGUUUUAAGUAAAAUCUAUUAUUAUCAUUACUAUAUUAUUAUUAUUAUGAUUAUUAUUACACAUUUGCAAUUGUAUAUGUAAUUUGUAUAAUUCAAAAUUCUUGAUGCCAGUGGUUUCUAGAGUUGAAGGAAAUCUUUUUUUGUUUUUCUCUUUAUCUUUUUAAGGAAGCAUGUUUUUUUCCCAUAUUAACAGUGGCUGUUUUUUAUUGUGGCUAUUAAGUGGAAAAUGAUAUUGGCAGUUUUUGUAAUUUGCUUCUUGUAUGUGAGCUAUAAUACUGCGCCCACACUCAUGGUCAACAUGUUUUUGUUUGUUUGUUUGUUUGAGGUGUUCUUUUUUGUUUUUUGUUUUUUUUUGGAAGGGGUGUGUCUGAUGGUGUCAUGUGUGAAUGUAGAGAGUCCUUGUGUGUGUGUGACUGUGGUCGUGUAAGUCAGACAUACACGGUGUGUGCUUGUCCACACCAAACGAUUCUGUACAGCUGGAGGAACCUGUUGUUUUUCCCUUGUUGCAAUGUGAACGCUGAGCUCAGAGUCUUCCUGCCUCGAGACGUGAACAUUUCCAACACACAAAGCAGAUGGCGUGCAGUAGGAGUUUUGCGGUGAAUUUACGGUGGAUGACACUGUAACGGUCGAAUGCCCUACACUCUCGCACCCUGAUUGAUGAGGUCUAAAAAGAAAAGAAGAAAAACGUGUUGCUUUUUUUAGCAGCAGUGUUUCCUUCCUUGUUUUGUAACGCUGCCACGAUGAGAGGAAAAUCUGUUCGCAUGACAAUAAGAACAUCUUAAUACAAUACUUAAUGUUGGAGUGACAAAUUGUUUUGUUAAGACAAACACAUCCCCUUUUCACCUUAUUACAAAAAAAGUUUAAUAUAAAGUAAUUAUUUGUGCAUAUCUUCCAUGUUACAACAAGAAAAACGUCCGGUCCAAAGAGCAGAUAUCAUAGCCAAUAUUGAAGAAAUAAACAAUGUUUCGUUUAAAGGACUCAUUUGAUUUUUACUUUACUUUCGGGAUGAGAUAUCGUUACGCAGAUUCUGCUUUGUCUGAGCACAGUUGUGCACACAGAAGCAUACGUUAAGAGCAGUUUUUAAUCACGCAGGGCCUCACAGGAGAAAGAAUCAGUCAGAUGCCAUACAGGUAGCAUCGUUUCUUUUGAAGAGAUUGUUUGGGAUGCUUAUCAAUAGUCAGUGUAUUACCAAGUGGAUGUCGGUCGGCAAGCCCCCAGUUUUGAGAAGCAGGCAGGAGCACCACCUCAGACGUAAUGCUGUGGACAUGAGCAGCACCAAAUGUAGUCAAGCCCCCUAAAAAAAUCUAUAUACACGGCUAUAUUGAGAAUAUUUUCAUCACUUUUCCUUGACAGACAUUUCCCUUUCUGACAGGGAAAGUUUGACAGUAAUUGAACAUGGUAGCUGCUGUUCUACAGCUGCCUCGUUGUGUGACUCUGGUGAAUCUGGUGAAACAAAAUAUCUGAUCCAGGUAGCAGUAGAUCAGCAGCGCCCGUGUUCAUCAAUGUUAAAUUACUGUUUUUCUCAAUGGAGUCUGGCUUUGAAGAGAGCAUAGAUAGAUAGCUUCAGUCUGGUAGCAAGGUAAAGCAGUGAAAAUAUUCUCAGUAGAGAGUAAACUGAUAUUAAGUAACUGAAAUAGGUUCUGCUGCUGCCCCCCAUCCACAGCAGUACAUUGCUUAGCUUCCAUGUCAGUACUCCUGCCUGCUUCUCUCAAACUGGGAGCAUGUUGACCACCAUCUCCUGUAGCCAAUACACUGACUAAAAGUACGUAUCACAUACAGUCCUUCUUUAAAAGAUCCAAACUGUCCCGGCUCUGUUUUAAAGUAAAGGAUUAUUUUUUGACCAGAGAAACAUCAACAGGUUCAACUGGACACUAAAACCAUAUUGGAAUAAUAUUGUUUAAAACUGUUUUGAGCAAAUUCAAGGUAUUUUUAAAAUCAAAGGUGUCGGAGUAAAAUUUACCCCAUGAUGAUUAUGAAAACACUUAAUUUUUUCUAAAUUACUAAAUGCAUCGACAUUUUGUCCAUGUGUUGUGUUGUGCCUCCUUCUCAGACUCUACAAAACAUCAAACUGCUCCAAAAACUUUUUAACAGAUGAGCGAGAACAAAAACAGUUUUUUAAAACGUCAUGUUAUUUCUUGUUAUACCAACAUAAGGACUUGUGAUACGACGACAAAGGCUGUGUGUCAUAGUGAAAUAUGUCUGACUGCAACAUCAGAGUAUCUUGUUAUAAUUGCAAUAUUUUUUCAUGACAAACUGAGCACUACUUCGGUGACAGUGGCGGUGCUAUGCUGCCUUUUCUCACACAGUGAUGACUCAGAAAUCUCAGUGAGCAGUAGUUCAGCCUUGGCCCCUGUUCCCACCGGGAGCUUGUUUUUUUGUGUGUGUUUCUUUCGGCUAGUGGUGCUAAAUACGUGCUCGGGGAGGGAUGCGCUGUUGGUGGCUCCUGCUGUUGCUAGGCGACAGCUGAAUAUCCGCUUGAAGCCCAGUGCGCUUUUUCUUAAAGUUGUGAUAUUUUUAACUCUCUUGAAUCUCAGUUCUGUCUGGAACACGACCUUUUUUUUCAAUCAAGACAAACGAAGUCUGAGGAAAGGAUCCUGCUGGAGGCUGCAUGACCUUUCUCACUCCCGAAGCCAUAGCGCAGAAAGCUGGUGCCACUGCCUGUUUAUCUACUGUAUACGAAGCACAUACACUUAUAUACCCAUAUCAGUGAAGAAUCAAGGGUGUGUGUGACUGAAGCCUCCACUGUACAGGUGUGGGGAGUUCGCCGCCGUACCAUGAGUUUAUAAAUGUCUGCAGAUUGUGAGGUUUGUGUCGAACUUCUCUGUUCUGGUUCCUCAUUUCUGGGCAGUCAUUUGCCACAGGGUGCAAUAUUUGUGUGUUUGAGUGUGUGUGUGUGUGUCUGCAGCAUAUACAGUACAUCUGUCGCUCUCAGUGUGUAUUCUUUACAAGCCUGGGGGUGGGGAUAUCAGAGGUGUGUGUGUUGUGUGAGAGAUGGAAGGAGAAGGCUUUAUUUCAGAGGACGUAUCAGUCCCCUGCCUUCAGCCCAGGACUUUUUUUCUUAUGAUUUGAUCAGUUUUUGCCGUUUUUCAUGUAUUAUCAGCUUUUUAUGAUAUUAAGUGCUUGUGCCAGGGGCGGCAGGAUUAAUCCAAUGGACUUUGCAGCACUGAAAACUAUUUUUUUUUGUGGGGGGUUUGACUUGCGAUCAGCUCCUCUGUACUUUGCGCGUCCACCAUUGGCUGCCUUCACAUUUGUCUCACCCCUAUUGGUCAGACCAAGAUAUUAAAGAGACCGGGCAGUCGGUUUGGUGAAUAGUCCUCAGGUUUCUAUUUAUUUUGAAUAUUUAUUUAUUUAUUUUAGUGGAUAUUUUUAUUGUGCUUUACUCUCUCUUGUUUUUUUGUUUCUUUUUGGUUUUGUACAGCUCAUGCACUUGUGCAAGUACUGUCUGUUGUUGUUCAAAGGGACACUGCUCCAUGUAAAACAUGACUGUUUUUAAAGGGAUAGUACACCCAAUUUGCAUCCUGCAUGUUUUUUUCUGUAACGACCAACCUAGUGUGAAUUUCUUUUUCUGCUGUUUUUCUUCUGAAACUUUAGAUUGAAGUUUUCAACGCUGUUUUUUUUUGCAGUUUUAUGGUGUCCAUCGUUUUCUUCCACUUAGCUCACUACCACUUUGCCAGAGUGGGACAUCUGUCACUUUAAAACCCAUCUUACACAGGCUUGUAUUUUGAGUGAACUAUCCUUCCGAAAGCGGCAUCACCUUUUUUUAAGGUGAUGACGCUUUUAGUCAAAUGAAGGUUUUUUUCAAGGUGAACCACUGAGUCGUUGUAUUGUACUCGUGUCUCAUCCAGUAACAGUGUUGAUGCCUAGUUGACCCUGUUCUAAUACUUAAAGGUCAAAGGUUACGUGAAGGCGUUCAUGCGUGAUCGUGCUAACCAGACAUGACCCCCACCCCCCCUCCAAAAAAAGAAGAGAUAGCAGCAUGUACAGUACAAAGAUGUUGUUCUUCUGUUCUUCUUAUAGUGUGUUUACUAGCCUUGAAAAUCAAUAUAAUAGGAUUCACAUAUUUAAAACGAGGGAGUUCACAGUAUUACACAACUGCAACUAACUAGCAGCGUAGCUGGCAUUUUCUUUGCAUGACAGUCAACGGGACACUUGUUUUUUGGUGUUUUCCUUUUUAUUUGUUUUCUCAUUUUCUACUGAAUGCUGGUAUACUCGACCUUUCUCUGUCUAUUUUCUCAGCUUUUUAAGUGCAUAUAACUAUUUUUGUCUCGAGAUGAUAUAAUGAAGAGGAUUAUGAUAAAUAUGGAUGAUGAUGUUAAAGACUGUGGCACUAUGAGGAUGUUGACAGUGAUAAUGACGAUGAUGAUGAUGUGAUGAAGAUUAUUUGGCAUGCUUUUCUACGGGGCUCUGUGUUGUCAGUGCAGAACGGCUGCCUUUUGUACGUAGCUGAGAGCACCAAGAGUGACAGGAGCUCCACUGAGCCUGCAUAUCACUUUGAGGAACAGCAAAAGAUGUGAGAAGGUUCAAAGAGUGGAUGAGCUCCAGCAGGGGGCACGGUCACACAGAGUAAAGCACAAAGGCACACAGACAGAUGGCACGUCGAUGCUUCUAAUGUAGCUGCACAAUAAGUUGACGUUAGUGUCAAAACUAACAGACAAUCCAGUCAGAGACAAUAGCAGUUUAUCACUGUAGAAUCAGACAAAGCUUCCAUUAUGAUUAUUGUUCAGGGCUGCACAAUUAUGACCACAGUGACCGUCCUGAUUACACUUUGACUUCAUGAUCAUGAUGAUGGCACAGGAUUCUUUUCCUCAGACAUUUGGGGAACUAAAUUAUUAUCCUUUACUCAUCCAUGGAUGGAUUACUGGACAGACCUACUGCACAGAGGCCCAGGGCUCCAAAGUGUCACCUGCGAAAUGUCAUUCAAAAUGACUGUAAACAGAUGUAAAAUGAUUACAAAGAGACACAAAAUGACCUCAAAGAGACAGGAACUACAAAGAGACACAAACUGACUACAAAGGGACUCAAUUGAUUACAGAAGACGACAAAACAACCACAUACACAAAAAACUACACAAAGACUUAAGCGAAACAACAACAGGGAUGCAAAACAGAACCGCAAAGAGACACAAACUGACUACAAAGAGACAGAAAGCAACUAUAAAGAGAUGCAAAACAGCUGCAAAGAGACACAAGAAGACUGACGACGACUUUGAAAAGAGGCAAAACCACCACAAAGAGACAUAAAAUGACUACAGAGAGAUUAAAAGCAACUAUGGAGGGAUUCAAAAUGUCUUCAAAGAGACAGGAAGCAACUACAAAGAGACUUGAUGGCUACAAAGAGACGCAAUAUGGUGAAACAAAAGACGACAAAACAACCACAUAUGCAAAAAACUACACAAAGAUGCAAAAUAAACAACAACAGAGACGCAGAACAGGGCAAAAGAGGGAAAACAACCACAAAGAGACACAAAAUGACCCCAAACAGUGCAAAGCAACUACAAAGAAACUCAAAAUUUAUGCAAGGAGACACAGGACAACUUUGAAGAGGGGGAAAACAACCACAAAGAGAUAUAAAAUGACAUGACAAGACAUGUAAAGCAACUACAUAGAGAUGCAAAAGGCUGCAGAGGCACAAGGAGACUCAUGACGACUUAAAAAAGAGACAAAACAAUCACAAAGAGACAUAAAAUAACAGAGAGAUGCAGAGCAACUACAAAGAGAUUUAGAAUUACAACAAACAUGACAAAGAGACACAAAAUGUCUUCAAAGAGACAGGAAGCAACUACAAAGACAAAGGGACGCAAUAUGAUUACAGAAGACGACAAAACAACCACAUACACAAAAAACUACACAAAGACUUAAAAUAAACAACAACAGAGACGCAGAACAGAGGGAAAACAACCGCAAAGAGACACAAAAGGACCCCAGACAGUGUGAAGCAACUACAAAGAGACACAAAAUGACUUCAAAGAGAUGUAAGGCGAAUACAAAGAGAUGUAAAACAGCUGCAGAGAGACACAUGCACACUCACAAUGACUUUGAAAAGAGGGCAAAACAACCGCAAAGAGACAUAAAAUGACUUCUAGGAGAUGUAAAGCAACUACGAAAAGAUGCAAAACAGCUGCAGAAGACACAAGGAGACUCGUGACGACUUAAAGAAGAGGCAAAACAACAGCAAAGAGACAUGAAAUAACUACAGAGAGAUUCAAAAUGACUACAAGAGAUGUAAAAUGAUUGCAAAGGGACACAAAAUGUCUUCAAAGAGACAGAAAGCAACAACAAAGACACUUAAAAUGACUAAAGAGAUGAAAAAGGAUGACAAAAACAGCACCGCAUCAACAUACAGAAAUUACAAAGAAACACAAACAACAACAAAAAAGAGGUGGUGGGGCCUUCUGCAUGUCAGUGCCCAGGGGCCCCAUUGUCCUGUAAUCCACCCAUGGUUCAUCUUAUAUCAGAAACAGUUUCCAGACACUUUUUACAUUCUUAACUAGAUAGAAUGUACCAAUGCCACCGAUAAAUCAUGAUUCUGUACGAAUGAUCAAAGUCGACAUCAUGACAGAAAACGAUUAACUGUGCAGCCCUGCAUAUAAACUACAAUAACUGUCCUUCUCUAGUCUCUUAAGGUCAGUGUGAGCGCUGCUGCCUUCCUGCCAGCUGUCUAGUCAGACGAAGCAUCACUGAGAUAAACUGGAGCCGCUGGGUUCACUCUGAACCUCUGCCAUCCUCUUUCUCCAGCCAGUGACUACGUUGCACUGACAACACUGAGUUGGCUUCUCUUCGUAGGGUGUCUUUCACUCUUUCUCCCAUUCCCUCUGUUUCCAACCUGAUUCGAUCAUUUCUCUGCAGUUGGCUCUUUCUAGUUUCCCUUUGUCUCUUUUUGUCACUUUGGGUUUCUUCUGUAUAAUAAUAUUAAUCCUCUAGUUCUCUGAUUCUUCGGAUUAUUGCUCUGUUCUCUUACGUGCUACACGUGUUUCUAUAACUUCAAGAAAAUGUGUUAAGGUGUUAACAAUAAAAUGAUCAUUUAAAUAGAAAA